UUACUGAUACCUACACCGAAGAAUGAUCGCGAGUCGCACGACCACAGUCGAGGCGGUCGCGUCAACUCAAGAGGUAGUACUCGGCGCCCUCAGGUGUUGAAUGCGGCAGUUCCAUCAAGAAGACGGGUUAUUCCGCCUAUUAGAUCGCCACGGAUGCGUGCCGACCUGUUGGCAGCAGCGCAGGAAGCCCAGGCAUCUGCGGCUGAGAAUGUCGCAAUGGCGGCACUGGUUACCGAAACCACGGCCGUUCAGGUUCAGACAGUCCCCGGCGCGGCAUCAAGCACGUCUGGACAGAACAAAGCAUCGGGGUCCCCAUCUGACAGCGAGCCUUCAGAUCCGGACCCGACUUCUCAGCAAGUCCAAAUCUGGACUGGCAGCCUGUCUGAGGGUGUGAGGCAGGUCACUAUGCUGGUCACCAAAUCCAAGCCCGGCAGGACCGACCUCAAGCUCUAUCAGGAGUCGGCGAGAGCCUUCUUCUGGUGGCUGGAGUUCGAUGCCGUGGUCAGGCCGUCGUUCAGGGAUGUCCAUCACCUCGACCAGGUCAUGAACUUAGUCCGCAACUCGACAAACCUUGGCAUUCCUACUGACAUCAAAGAGGCGGCAAAUGCGGUUCGUUUGAGGUUUGAGGAUGACAACUGGGGCCAAGACGGCGAGGGCUAUGCUAGUGACGUUAGCACCGACGUGGACGCGGGCCAGUCACGUAUUGUCUCACCCGCUCUCCGGGGCGAGCGUCAAGCGGCGGAAACAGGGCAGUCGGUUGCUAUCCCUCAGCCUCCCGUCAAUCACCCUAUCUACGGCAAAGGCGAAAUCAUGCACGGCGUGGUUUGCUACCGAAGCCCCAAAAAAGGUCCGACGUACAAGCUGAACCCGGCCUACAAACACGAAAAGGUCAAUGCCGCGUUCAUUGGAGAGGGCCAUUUGACCCCUGGUGAUUGGUGGCCUUUCCAGCUGGUAGCACUUUUCCACGGGGCGCAUGGAAGAAGCCAGGGGGGGAUCUUCGGCUCGGCGUCGAUGGGAGUCUAUUCGAUCGUCAUAUCCGGCCGCAACAACAAGUAUCAUGAGAUUGACAAGGAUGAUGGUGAGGUUUUGUAUUACUCCACGGACAACAUGGGGGUAGCCACCACAUCGGUCGGUACCCAGGCUCUCAACAAGUCGAUUGACACCAGACAGCCUGUGAGAGUCCUCCGUGGCCAAGGUCAGACCGGCGGAGGCUGGGCUCCUGAAUGUGAGAUUCGAUAUGAUGGACUGUACCGAGUUAUUGGGAAGAAAUUGGUGCCGACAAGGAAUGGCGAAGAGUGGUUCCGGUAUACGUUGCGCCGUGAAGCAGGCCAGGGGGAUCUUCGCGAGAUUGUGGGAAGCUCACCAACUCUGCAGCAGAGGAACGACUACCUGAGGAUUCGAGACGCCUACCCUGGCGUAGCCCGAAGAGUAUGUGGAUAA